UGUGACUCAUAAACCUGAACCAUCAAAGUGUACUAUCCAUCCAACAUGGCUGUGACUCUGAAGCUACCAAUCCGGUUCCCCAUCUUCGCCCCAUCCAUUGACCCGAACCCGACCCAUCAACGCCCUUCCACGGAGAUCCGUUUCUCCCGUUGGAAUAACGCAAACGCCGAGAAGUUCAACCAGCGCCGACGAGCCCAGCAGGAAAUCGAGGACGAAAUCCGCCGCACUCGCCGCUUCGACUCCGCCGACAUCAUAGCCAACAUCGCCGCCGCAACCGCAUCCGCCGCCGCAUCCGCCGCCGUCGAAACAUUCAAAUCCGUCGGAACACCCUCCGCUCCGUCGCGCCCUUCAAUCCCGGGAAAAAAAUCCAAGUACUCCAAACCGCCACCGAAACCCGAUUCGCUUAGGCUCUCGAAGAAUCCCAACCCUGGUGCUCAAUUUCAACCUGCGCCGGCGGCGAAUGUGAAAAUCGGCGAUGACGGAGUGUCCUACGUUGUCGACGGUGCACCGUUCGAGUUCAGGUACAGCUACACCGAGACACCGACGGCCAAACCGAUCAAAAUGCGCGAACCGCCGUUCGUGCCGUUCGGACCGGCCAACACCCGGCGUCCGUGGACCGGUCGGGCCCCACCGCCGAGUAGGAAGAAGUUUAAUGAAUUCGACUCGAACCCGGUUCAGUCGUCCGGUUCAUUUUCAGAAGGUUCGAGCCCGGUUCAGCCGGUUCAUUUUCACUCCAGGGAAGAGAUAUUGGGGGAGCCAUUAACGCAGGAUGAGAUCAAUGUAUUGGUUAAUGGCACCAUAAAAACUACCCGCCAGCUCAUUAUUGGUAGAGAUGGUUUGACACAUAACAUGUUGGAUACUAUACAUACUUAUUGGAAGCGGCGGAAGGUGUGCAAGAUAAAGUGCAUAGGAGUGUGUACCGUUGACAUGGACAAUGUUUGCCAGCAGAUAGAGGAAAGGACCGGGGGGAAAAUCAUUUACAGAAAGGGUGGUGCAGUGUACCUUUUUCGAGGAAGAAACUACAAUUAUGAAACACGUCCACGUUUUCCUUUUAUGCUGUGGAAACCUGCUGCUCCAGUGUAUCCUAAGCUGAUCAAGCGAGUUCCAGAAGGUCUAACGCUACAAAAAGCAACUGAAAUGCGUCAAAAGGGAAAUGAUUUGAUACCCUUAUGCAAGCUAGCAAAACAUGGUAAUUACUGUGACCUUGUAACAAAUGUCAGAGAGGCAUUCGAAGAAUGUGAGCUAGUGCGAAUAAAUUGUCAAGGACUAGAUGCAAGUGAUUAUAAAAGGAUUGGAGCAAAACUAAAGGAUCUUGUUCCGUGCAUAUUGCUUUCAUUUGAAAACGAGCACAUACUUAUGUGGAGAGGACAAAAUUGGAGACCCUCUUCGUCAAAUCUCAGAGAUGACAGCAAGGAAGCCAGUAAAAUUGUCGACAGUGAAAAUCCAAAUGCACUGCCAUCGGAUGCACAAGAAUUGUCAGUACCAUGUCUGCAGAAGAAUUCAGUAGAGCAUCUAAGCAAUGAACCUCAUAACACUAGCAUUUCCUCUAGUUCCGGAGAUGUGAGUUUGCACAAGGUUAAGGUGCCUUAUCCCACAGAAAAUAGCAAUCUACUUGUGUCUGUGGUUACGGAUCCUGCUUCACUUUCUAUGAAAAUCUAUGGAGUUGAAACCACGGAAGAUGUCAUGGGCUCUUCUGGUGAGCCACAGCCCUGUGGGAGCACAAGUUCAAGUGUGACCAUCCUAGGAACUGGUGACAAUUCUAUUAAUAGCAUGGUAGAUCCUCGUACCGAUAAGUUGCUAGAUGGUGUAGGAGCAGCAGAUAUCAGUAGAUCAAGGUCUGCAACUUGUACAGAAGAAGUUUUAUUACUGUUGGAGCAAGCUGUCAAGAAAGGAAGUGCACUUGUUUUAGAUGAUGAAUCUUUGGAUGCUGACCAUAUUUAUCAAACCACAGUGGCUUUGGCCAAAUCAGCUCCACCUGAGCCCGUUUUUAAGCCCCCAGAAAGGUUAUGGGUCAAAAAUAGUGACAAGCAAGAAUGUUUGACAUUGCAGACAAAAGAAGUUACCACCGUUAAUAUGAAUGGUAAAAAGUUGGAGCAGAAUUCUAAAAUUAGAAAAGAAGAUUUUGGUGAGGGAUGUCAAAAUGUAGUACCACAAGGUAGAGGAACUUGCAUGAUUUUUGAUACGAUACCAGCUGGAGGUAUACUUUUAUUUUUGAAGGGAAUAACAUUAUUACUUGUAAAUAUAUUGAUUCAGAUUCAAGUGGAUUACUUGUAAUUUAUACUAUUGCUUUUACCAUGAUCUUUUGUUUUUACUACUGCACCUAUUUUCUUUUAGUUGUCCUUUUAAAUUCGGGCAUUUGAUCAAGUAUUUGUAUUAAUCUCAUAUUGUUACCCGAGUAAAAACUUACUUCU